AUGGUUAACAAGAAUUUCUUCAUCUUCUGCAUCUUUCUUAUUACUUGGGCAUGUUUCAUUCAAACGACUUUGGCUGCUGCUGGUUGGUGUUAUCAAUGUGAUUCUCGAAAUCCUUCUUGUCAAAUUAAUGUGGAUGCAGUUGCAUUGGCAAAUACGAAAACUCCAUGUAACGGACAAUGUUACAUACGUGUUAAAAGCGGCUUAAUGUAUCGUGGUUGUUCGUGGGAAUAUGGAUUUAUGACACCACAAGUAUCGUUUACUCCAAUUUUUCAACAUGAUGCAAUGUGGAUUUUUUGUGAUACUUCUUUAUGCAAUGGAAAUGCAAAUGCAUCACCAUAA